AAACGGUCAGCCAGAUCAAGGAUGUUGUCUAGAUAAUACAUGUCUAUGGAUCUGAGGCGAAGGAGGAGGAGUGUCCUCGGUUGAAGACAGCACGUUGAUAAACACAGUUAAACACCAGCUGCUUGAGUGGUGUAAAUAGUGUGGCGUGAUGGGUAACACAAGUGACAGGGUGUCCGCGGACCGCCAUGGGGCCAAAGCCCACCGCUCAGACAGCGGCGGGGGUCACAAGGACCACGAGCCCAGCAGCAAGAUGGCGGACAGCACGGACGACCCCAACAUCUUCAGCACACGCGGGUUGGAGUCCAAGGUGUCGGGAGAGAAAGAAUUCCCCCCUGAUUUGGACGACCUGGUAAAAACUGUUCCUCAAGCUCGACCAACAGUUAUCCGGUGGGCUGGAGGAGGGAAGGAGGUCUACAUAGCUGGCUCGUUUAAUAACUGGAGCACCAAGAUACCGCUCAAUAAAAGCCACAAUGACUUUGUAGCAAUCCUGGACCUUCCUGAAGGCGAGCACCAGUACAAGUUUUUUGUGGAUGGCCAAUGGGUACACGAUCCCUCAGAGCCAGUGGUGACCAGCCAGCUAGGCACCAUCAACAACCUGAUCCAGGUGAAGAAAUCCGACUUUGAGGUGUUUGACGCCCUGCAGGUCGACUCUCUAGAGUGCUCCGACUCAUCGGAUCUGUCCAGCUCCCCUCCGGGCCCGUACGGGCAGAAUCAAUAUGUGUUCAAACCCGAGGGGCAUUUCAAAGCGCCACCCAUACUCCCCCCUCACCUUCUUCAGGUCAUACUCAACAAGGACACCAAUAUUUCAUGUGACCCCGCCCUGCUGCCUGAACCCAACCAUGUUAUGCUGAAUCAUCUCUAUGCGCUCUCUAUAAAGGACGGCGUCAUGGUGCUGAGCGCCACUCACCGCUACAAGAAGAAAUAUGUGACCUCGCUGCUCUACAAGCCCAUCUAAAGCCUCACAUCUGCUGCUACUAGUGCUUCGGGAUGAGAGCAGCGUGUCGCUUUUCCCGUAUGACGUUUAGCGCCAAAAUCUUGCACUUGAAACACGUUUACGGCUGAAAGGCCUUGGAGGUCACGAGGUCGCACCUCUUGUCUACAUGGAGGGCUAGCCAACACAGAAUGUAGCAAAGUGCAGCCGCUGUUAGAUGACGACCACAUUGUGGCUUUGACUCAAUCACUGUGUGCACACGUGAGUCCGUUUGUGUGUGUGUGUGUGUGUGUGUGUGUCUUGAGUGUUUUAGUGCACUUUGUGACCACUUGCAUGCUGGUGUGUUGAAAGACGUUUUCAAUUCAAAGGGCAUAUUGAGAGUGCUGCUGGACAUGGAAAGCCACUUGAGCAUUUAUUUAAUAUUCUUCAUAUCCAGUUUAAGGUCCACGUACUCAUACAAUUUUUGUCCGCACUAGUAGGACAAUUUCGGCAUUCUAGUAGGACAACUACAUGUUGCUAGUAAAGCAAAACUCCAAUACUUGCCAGUUUAGAGCUCCUAGUUCUACUAGUGACAUAGUUAACAUCUAACGUGUCAGUAAUGGUACUAGUGCUGUGCAGAUGUCAACUAGUGGACAGUUUCACCUUACUACUAACAAGUAGUUGUCCUAAUACUACUACUACUGUACUACUAGUGACAUUAUAAAAUCCUACUAGUGCUACCAGUGACAUGAAAUUCUACAAGUUGAAAUCUAGUGCUUCACUAGUAGUGCUAGUAGCACAUAGAUGUCUAGUACCCAGUUUUUCCUCACUAGUAACAUGUAGUCCUACUAGUUGCCAAUUGUGAGCUACUAGUACUACUGGUGACAUGAAAUUCUAAAAAAUAACAUCUAUAAAUUAAAAUCUAGUGCGUCACUAGUAGUACUAGUAGCACACAGAUUAACUAGUGCCCACUUUUGCCUCACUAGUAAUGUGUUCUUGGCGUACUAGUAUGCCAAAGUUGUCCUACUAGUGUGCAAAAAAUGUCAUAGUGGGAAAAAUGUUACUCGUAAGACACAGUUGGUGUACUAGUGAGGACAAAGAGCGUACUAGUACAAUCACGGACCCUAAAAUGGAUAUCAAAUCUAUCGUGUGCGCAUUCAGUGGAUGAAGAAUUGAAAGUAACUAGUAAGUUGGUAGUGCUGGAACUUCAAGUGCAAUUAAAAAGACUGAUGUUGUUUUGUUGUUUCUCACAGUGACACCAGUUCAACAUUUCUGAUUUGUGAAGUGUUCUUCUGUCCUGUUUGAUGAUGAAAUGCUGAAAUCAUGGUAACAUGUUUGUGUUUCACGGUUGCUCUUUGUGUGCUGAGGUGACCUUUAUCAUGAGCUUUUAUCAAUGCAGUGAUCUAUACGUGUGUUUACCUGUUGUGUGUUCAUUGUAUGUAUUCAACCAGGCUGUACUGUUACACGUGUAUUAAAUGACGACAAUAUACAAAUCAGACAGCAAAACUUGAUUUUGACAGCCAUUUUCCGAAUGGUUCAAAAUGCUUAGAGGCUCAAGUUUAUAAAGCCAUUUGCACAAAGUUGUACUUGUUUAAGAAUAAAUAAAAGAAUGUUUAUUACCUCC